AUGCGCUCGAUAGCAGUGCUGGUAGCGUCACUGGCGAUUCUAGGAUGUGCUACCCACGGUCAGCCUCAUUCGGCGGCCGAAGUAGCGGUGGACAUCUACAAGACGUGUCUCAGUGACUACAGCAUGAAGUGUGCCAAAUCGAAGGCCCUGGCCUGGAUGGCUCGGGCUGCCGAGCAGGACGAGAUUCACGUCACUGACGCGCUAACGAUCGUGCGUACCGGAACCCUGGAAGAUGUCGAAAUGCCGACGGAAACAGGAACUGAGCAGCAGGAGCAUCGGGCUAGCAAGACGGUGCAUUUGUUGAACAAAAUCGAUAGCUUCCUGUCGACGCACGCCUUAAAGCUAAGCCCACCGGCAGUUCUUCGGUCGGAGGACGCUCGGGCCUACAUUCCUGAGUCGCUGCUGAAGGGCGGACUCGCCGAAGAUCUCGUCGUCCCACUGACGGACGGAAAUGUUGCUGAAGGUCGUGGCUUUGUUAAAAAAGUCAUGAUUCCUUUCCUGUUGGGCAUCAAGUUCAAAUCUACCGUCCUGGUCCCGAUGGCUCUUGCCCUGAUCGCCCUGAAAACGUGGAAAGCGAUGACGCUUGGUCUGCUGUCCCUCGUCCUGUCAGGCGCCAUGAUGAUCUUCAAAUUCGCCAAACCAAAGAUCGUCAACUACGAGGUGGUACACUACCCAACGCCACACCACGCGCACCACGUCGACCACCAUUUCGACCAUCACGCUCCGCACGUCCACUGGGACGCUCCGCCAGCCUGGAAGAAACGAUCGCUGGACGCCCACGAACAGGCCUACGCCGGGCAGCUGUAA